AUGUCGGAAGGUCAAAAUAUAGCUGUUGCGACAAGCACUAAUUCAAAUUCAAAUUCUAACUCGACGUCCAUCGAGAAGACAGAUAAGGCUGCUGGUUAUGCCAGUGGUGGGACAGCUGCUGACGGAGCUGAUUUGGAGCAGUUUAGAAGUCAUGAUGAAGGUGAGAAGGAUGAGAUGACUCAGCUGGUCCGCGAUGCGGACCAGCAGGCUGCUACCAUGAAGAAGUCUGACCUGAUGUUUGUUUCGUUAUGUUGUGUUAUGGUUGCAUUUGGGGGUUUUGUAUUUGGUUGGGAUACUGGUACUAUAUCUGGGUUUGUUAACCAGACCGACUGGAUUAGACGGUUUGGGUCUUAUAACCAAAAUACUGGUCAGUACUACUUGUCUGAUGUGCGUACAGGUUUGCUGGUUUCGAUCUUCAAUAUUGGGUGUGCCAUUGGUGGUAUUGUGCUCAGUAAAGCCGGUGACUUGUAUGGUAGACGUUUGGGAUUGGUUUUCGUUGUGGUCAUUUAUACCGUUGGUAUAUUAAUUCAAAUCUGUUCUUUCGAUAAGUGGUACCAGUACUUUAUUGGAAGGAUUAUAUCUGGUUUAGGUGUAGGUGGUAUUACCGUUAUGUCGCCCAUGUUGAUAUCUGAGGUGGCCCCCAAGCAAACUAGAGGUACCCUUAUUUCGUGCUACCAGUUGAUGAUCACUGGUGGUAUCUUUUUAGGUUACUGUACCAAUUUUGGUACCAAGCAGUAUGAUGAUUCUACGCAAUGGAGAGUACCACUGGGUCUGUGCUUUGCCUGGGCUAUGUUUAUGAUCGGUGGUAUGUUGUUCGUGCCAGAAUCCCCACGUUACUUAGUAGAAGUUGGUAAGAUGGAAGAGGCAAGACGUUCGUUGGCUAGAGCCAAUAGGUGUCCCACAGAAUCUCCAUUGGUAACUUUGGAAUUAGAAAAUUUCCAGGCUUCCGUAGAGGCUGAAAAGGUCGCGGGUAGCGCCAGUUGGUCCGAAUUGAUCACUGGUAAACCUGCUAUCUUCAAGCGUACCCUGAUGGGUGUUAUGAUCCAGUCCUUGCAACAAUUGACUGGUGAUAACUACUUCUUUUACUACGGUACUACGAUUUUCAGAGCAGUCGGGUUGGAGGAUUCGUUCGAGACUUCGAUCGUUCUCGGUGUAGUCAACUUUGCCUCUACAUUCCUUGCAUUGUACACUGUGGAUCACUUUGGUCGUCGUAAAUGUCUACUAUGGGGUUGUGUUGGUAUGGUCUGUUGUUACGUCGUCUAUUCAUCCGUCGGUGUCACUAGAUUAUACCCUAAUGGUCAAGAUCAACCAUCCUCUAAGGGUGCUGGUAACUGUAUGAUUGUUUUCGCAUGUUUCUACAUCUUCUGUUUCGCUACCACUUGGGCUCCAAUGGCCUAUGUGAUCAUCGCCGAAUCCUACCCAUUAAGAAUCAAGUCCAAAGCAAUGGCUAUUGCCAGUGCUUCUAACUGGCUAUGGGGUUUCUUGAUUGGUUUCUUCACUCCUUUCAUCACAUCCGCGAUCAAUUUCUAUUACGGGUACGUGUUUAUGGGCUGUAUGGUGUUUGCAUUUUUCUAUGUCUUCUUCUUCGUCCCAGAGACCAAAGGUUUGACUUUGGAAGAAGUGAACAUCAUGUAUGAAGAACGUGUCUUGCCUUGGAAGUCAGCAUCUUGGUUACCUCCACACAGAAGGGGAGCCGACUUUGACGCAGAUGCCUACACUAGGGACGACCUCCCCUUCUACAAAAGAAUGCUGCGUAGAAAUUAA